GAUUUGCGGAUUAUCUAGCUUGCUACAUUUCCAAAAUGGCGGCUAUCGCCAGGAGCCUUCUUGGAGCUGGAAGGCAUCUUUCACGCGGUUUAUCAGCCGUAAAAAGCCCAGCUCAGACCGCUUUUCAACCAGUUGUUUUGUCAAAAAGAUAUGCAGGUCCUAUGUGGCUACCAGAUAAUGAAUUUUUAAAAAGAUACGACGAACCAGCAAUAUACUAUAGUGCAGUAGAUAUAGACUAUGAAACUACUCCAGUGGACGAAAUUGAGGUUAUACAAGACACCAGUAAAUACAGCAUGUUCAAGAGAAUGCCUCAGACUGACAGAUAUCUGCAGAAUAUGGUGCUCAACUUUGGGCCUCAGCACCCUGCGGCUCAUGGUGUGCUUAGGCUUAUCAUAAUGCUGGAUGCUGAGUCCAUAGUACGCUGCGAUCCCCACAUAGGUCUGCUUCAUAGAGCGACAGAGAAGCUGAUAGAGUACAAAACAUACACCCAGGCCCUGCCCUACUUCGACCGUCUAGACUACGUAUCUAUGAUGUGUAAUGAGCAGGCUUAUGCCUUAGCCGUAGAGAAGUUGCUGAAUAUAGAUGUCCCACCCAGGGCAAAGUAUAUUAGAACAAUGUUUGCAGAAAUAACUAGAAUAAUGAACCACUUGAUGGGAAUAACCACCCACAUUUUGGAUAUCGGAGGACUUACACCAUUGUUUUGGAUGUUUGAAGAAAGGGAAAAGUUGUUAGAGAUCUACGAGAGAGUUUCUGGUGCGCGAAUGCACGCCAACUACAUCCGCCCAGGUGGAGUGUAUGCGGACAUCCCCAUUGGUCUGAUGGAUGAUAUCCACCAGUGGUUACUACAGUUUGGUGACCGCUUGGAUGAGCUCGAGGACAUCGUGUUGGACAAUGACAUCUUUACCUGGAGAACCAUUGGAGUUGGUACAAUCUCAGCAGAGGAUGCACUCAACUAUGGAUUCAGUGGGGUGAUGCUGAGAGGAUCUGGUAUCAAGUGGGACCUACGUAAGACUCAGCCCUAUGAUGCCUAUGAAGACAUGGACUUCGACAUCCCUAUUGGCGUCAAUGGAGACACCUACGACAGAUUCUUGAUUCGUAUGGAGGAGAUGCGUCAGAGCAUGCGCAUCAUUCACCAGUGUCUGAACAAGAUGCCAGCAGGGGAGAUUAAAGUAGAUGAUCACAAGGUGUGCCCACCCUCUAGAGCAGAGAUGAAGGAGUCUAUGGAAGCUUUGAUCCACCACUUUAAACUGUUCACAGAAGGUUACAAUGUUCCCCCAGGGGCUACUUACACAGCCAUCGAGGCACCAAAGGGAGAGUUUGGGGUGUACCUGGUCUCAGACGGCAGCAGUCGACCUUACAGGUGUAAAAUUAAAGCCCCAGGUUUCGCUCAUCUGGCUGGGCUGGAUCACAUGGCCUCUGGACACAUGGUAGCUGAUGUUGUGGCCAUUAUAGGUACCCUUGAUAUUGUGUUUGGAGAAGUUGACAGAUAAACAACUUUACGAGUUAAAGAAGCAGACUGUCUACAAAUUAUACAUAACAAGGCUGUUAUUGGCAGUAAGGAUUAAAAAAUAAUAAAAUGUGAACCAUAUUAUCUCAUAGAAGCAAGUUGAGCACAAGAAUUCGGUCUGGCUAAGCUCACAGUUACAGAGUCUUGUCACAUGCAUUGUUUUUGGUUUCCAGUUUUUACUCAGACAUGGGAUUCAACUUGUAAGGACACAUCAAUGUAUGGACUGUUGUUUUUAUGUUGUUUCAAAACUAAAGCCAUUUAAAGUAAACAAUCAUAAGCAAGCAUUUCUUGUGGAAAAAAGUGAAGAAGUGGUGUUUGUAAAGCUUCGGAAUACUAUUAUUUAUUUCAUAAACCACCUUUGUUCUCGUCAACAUAAAGAAUUUGUAUAUAGUUUGGAUGUGGAACUGGAAUAAAGAAGAGUUUUAAAUUGUA